AUGUACGACAGCCUUUACAAGGGCGCCGUCCUCUGGGCACCCGCGGUUCCCGCAGCAACCAUCUUCACCGGGUCCGCACUGGCUCGUGGUCACGGCGUGAGCGAGGAGGAGCACACGGAGAUGCUUCUGCGCGGCGACGGCGCCGGCGGCUCCGACGCCGCCUCUGCCAGCUCGUCUGAAUCCUCCGUUCGGCCCGAUGGCGUGACGUAUCCGGGCGCGUCCGCCGCCGCCGGCGCGUUCCGAACGUACCCGCUCAAUCGGCGAACGCUCCCGCCCGGCAUCCCGUACAUCAUCGUCAACGAGGGCGCGGAGCGGUUCUCCUACUACGGGAUGAAGGCGAUCCUGGUCAUCUUCUUCACGCAUGACUUAGGGAUGAGUGACGCGCUCGCGCGCGAGUACUACCACGCCUUCACCGCCGCGUGCUACUUCUUCCCUCUCUGCGGCGCGCUGCUCGCCGAGACGGUCCUCGGAAAGUACUUUUCGUACGCCUACUGCGGAGGCCACCUCGCCCUCUCCCUCAGCCAGGCACACCACGCGCCGUCGGCCGGGGCGAGCAUCAAGCCGUGCGUCUCCGCGGUGCUCGGCGACCAGUUCUGCGCCGCCAACCAGCCGCUGCUCGCCCCGACCUUCGCCGCCUUCUACCUCGCCAUCAACGCAGGCGCCUCCCUCUGCACGGGCACGCCCCGCGGGGAGCAUUGCUCCACGCGGGGCCGCACGUCGCCUUCGGGGUGCCCGGCUUGCUUAUGGCCGCCUCCACGCUCGCGAUGCGCCGGCUUCGUGCGCGAGGCGUGCGGCGCGACGGGGCGGGCGGCGCUCGCCAAGCUCCUCCCCCUCUUCGCCUUCUUCUCCGCCUUUUGGAGCCUGUACGACCAGACGGGCAGCGCGUGGGUGCUGCAGGCGAGCGGCUUUUGA